CUUCUUUUUUUACAUACAUAUCUAACUAAUUUUUUUAACAGAGUCCUCUUCUUAUUUAAUUUAUAUAUAUAUACGAAUCAUCCACCAAUUAAUACUUACACAAGAUCAACCAUGAAAUACAAUGAGAUCUCCCAUUUUAGCCACCCUCAACACCGGCUUAAACCAGGAUACACCGAGGUCCCAUUCAAGUGUGAUGGAUGCAAGGAAGUCGGUAUAGGGUCCAACUACAAAUGCAAAACAUGCAACUACGACUUACACGUCCAUUGUGCCCUCCCGUCCCCUUCCAUCAUCCAUCCUUUCUAUACCAAGUGUUCAUUCCAAUUCCUUGCUAGGCCCCCAGGGCCAAUAGCCCGUUAUUGCAAUGCAUGCGAGAAAAUAGUGUCAGGCUUUGUUUAUCAUUGCAAGUUGUGUGGAUUUGAUCUCCAUCCAUGUUGUGCCAAGCUUCCAACUAUGUUGGAUGAUGGUGAAGUGAAAUUGUAUCUGUAUAGAAAAGUAGGGUCCUCCUGCCACAGAUGUGGCAGAAAAGGACGAAGUUGGAGUUACAGGUCCGCGUGCAAGAAGUACAACUUGCACGUGGCUUGUGUGAAAGAAAUGCUAGUUGAGAGUUGGCAUGAGAUUUAUUUUGGUAGGAAUAAUAUUAUUGGAGUAAAGGGUAACUCUAGUGGUGACUUGUAUGGUCUAACAAGGAAUUUUGAGACAAGAAUUCCAAGCUUAAAGGGAACAUUGGAAAGCUAUCAUCAUAAUCAUCAAAGCAAAGGGAAAGUGAAGAAGUGUUGUGAAAUGGCUGGUUUGGCAAUGCAGUUUGUGAUAUCAGCAGUUCUUGGUGACCCCACCACUCUAAUUGCAGGUGUUGUUGGUGCUUUAAUGUCUAAAUAGAAUUGGUAUUUAAGAAAGAUAGAUUUCAUAUAUGUGUGUGACACUAGAUCUUUUGUAUAUAUAUAUGGAAAUCAAGAGUGCGUACGUAUGUCACUUGAAUAAAACAAUAAUAAUAUGCAUAUAAUAUGUAAUGUAAAUGUUUGCCAAGUUUAUCUGCCAGAUGUCCUCAAGUCAUCAACAAUUAAUGACAAAA